AUGAGUGUAAAAGAGGGUCUGAAAAAUAAAAAAUAUAAAUUGGUGCCACCAGACGGAGGUUGGGGUUACAUGAUAUGGAUAGCCGUAAUACUUAAUUUGGUAGCAACAACGUCAUUUACAGGAUGUUUUGGAAUAAUAUUCCAUGAAUUAUUUAUACAAUUAAAAAUGGGAUCUACACAUAUAAAUUUAUUAAUUGGAAUAACUUCUAUCUGCUUUGCAGUCUCUGGUUUUAUGACAGGACCUUUACUAAAAUUUAUAAGUAUGCGAAAAGCUGGUUUCAUAGCCGCAACUUUUCUGAACCUGGGAUCUUUUGGCAUAAUUUUCGUUAAUUCUCAAUUAGCUUUAUUUCUUUGUUAUGGAUUUAUGCAGGGCGUUGGAAUUGGUAUAUUGAAUAAUAUAUCGUUUUCUAGUAUUAAUGACUAUUUUGUGAAGCGACGAUUGUUGUCAUUUAGCUUGAUACAAAGUGUUACAGUUGUGGUUGCUUUUCUAUCACCUCAGUUGGUCAAAAUCACAUUAGAGGUUUAUGGACAUAGAGGAGCAUACAUCCUACUAGCGGCAAUAAAUAUGCAGACAUUUGUGGCUGUGUUCCUCAUGCAGCCAGUGGAUUUGCAUUUGAAAAAAAUUGAAAUGAUAACGGUUGAGGAUAAUGAAAUGAAACUGCUUAUAGUUGAUGAUCAAAGCUAUGAAAUACCCACUGUUAAAAUAUCUGAUAAGAAGCGGAAUAGUAGUUAUUCAGACCAGAAGCAAGAAAAAGAUUUAAAGUUGUCUGUUACAGAAGACAGAAGUAAAGGUAUUAAGGAAUUGAUAUUGGAAGCUCUGGACGUGUCCUUCAUAAAAUCUUUUUUGCUUUCGAAUGCGGGGUUAGGGGUAGCUAUAUGUAUAUCUGAUGAUCUUAUUUUUACACUUGUACUCCCACAAACAUUAUACUCAUUAAACUGGACAGAAGGUGAAGUUGCGUGGGCUGUAUCUUCGGCCUGUUUAGGGGACUUAGUGACCAGAGUUAUGUUUAUAAUUUUCAGCAAUUGGUUACUGAGGUUUGAAAGCCAACAGAUUUACAUUGCUGGGUUGUUUGUGGCUGUUAUUACUAGGAUAGGAAUAUUGGGAUCAGAAAAUUAUACUACUAUUAUAAUAUACCUCGCACUUUACGGAACAUCGCGGUGCAUCAUAGUCAUUCUGAUACCACUAGUAAUCGCUGAAGCGGUACAACCGGAGCAGUUUACGUCAGCUAAUGGAAUAUUUAUGUUACUCUUCGGAUUUGCUAAUUUAUUGUUUGGGCCAGCUAUUGGUGCAAUUCGAGAUUUGACCGGCAGCUACGCGACGGCAAUAUACGUCCUUACCUCGUUCUUCGCGAUUGUAAUAAUAUUCUGGAUUAUAGAAAUAUGUUACAAAAAGAACAAGCAUAAAAGACAACCAAAAAAGAAUGAACCAAAGAAAUGA